GACGGAUGCAACCUUGACCCCGCUCGCGGAAUGUUCACUUUGGGUCGGGAUCGUAUCCCAAAAGGGAGCCAGAUAUUUGACAAUGUCAUCUCUCCCUUUGUCGUAGAAUCUCUGAUGGUGCAGGGCCACAGGCAAAAUGACGCUCCCAUUCCAAUUGAAGCGCCAACCUGCACCUGGGCCCUUUGAAAAGUUCCAGGCUCUUGUCGAACAUGAGUUUGAAUCCGACUUGGUGUUUUACAUGAAUGGCCAAAAGGUCAUUCUUCAUAAUCCUAAUCCCGAAUGGACUUUACUAGACUUUGUCAGGUCUCGCCAGGGCUUCGCGGGCACCAAAUUGGGCUGUGGGGAGGGAGGAUGCGGCGCAUGUACAGUCGUGCUUCAAAGCGUCAACCCCAAAGAUCCCAAAAGACUUAAGCAUCUUGCCGUGAAUGCGUGCCUGUUUCCCUUGGUUGGAGUUGUUGGAAAGCACUUGAUCACGGUUGAAGGUUUAGGAAACGUCGAUAACCCCCAUCCUUUACAGGAAAGGAUAGCCAAGCUACAUGGUUCGCAAUGUGGUUUUUGCACACCAGGAAUUGUCAUGUCCUUGUACGCAAUGAUUCGGAACGCAUGGGAUCCAGUAUCCAAAGCUUUCCUCCUGUCGGCCAGCACAAUCGAAAUGGAAGGCCAUCUUGAUGGAAACCUUUGUAGGUGCACUGGUUACAAACCGAUACUUACGGCAGCGAAGACAUUUAUUGUGGAAGAUCUUGGCGGCAAGAUCGUCGAAGAUGGUCUGGACGAAGCGAUCCCAACUGACAAAACCGAUGGCCCCACAUACGUUGCUGAAGACAUACCUGAUGUCCUGAAACAGAAGCCAGUUUCCUGCGGGAGACCAGGUGGCUGCUGCAGGGACAGACCAGCUUCUUCCCAAGAAUCGACCGAGAACUCAUGCAGUCAGGACGCAAGUGUAUCCUCAUCGUCUGACACAGAGUCUGGACAGAGUUCGAAAACAUCAUUGUAUAGCUCGAGCCCGGAAAGAGUAAACGGUGCAACGACUGGGACCAAAUAUGGACUGCCCGUCAAGUCAAGAGACCGCGAGCCUCCACCAGGCCAGGAAGGUGAGGGCGUGAAAACUGAAACGGAUCUAACGCCUUCACCACCAUCUAAAGCCGGGCAAUCGACUUUGUACCAGAACCUGAAACCAUACGUACCAUCGACAGAGUUGGUAUUUCCUCCAGCGCUACGCAAAUUCGAACAGGUUCCUAUUUGUUACGGCGACUCUGAAAAAAUAUGGCUUCGUCCUACUUCACUUGCGCAAUUGCUCGCGAUAAAAUCCAUCGACCCGAGUGCCAAACUCGUCGGAGGUUCCAGCGAGGUCCAGAUUGAAGUUCGUUUCAAGGCCUCCAAGUUUGCAGUCAUGGUUUACAUCGGAGAUGUCGGCGACCUGAUCGAAAUGAACGUUCCUGAGACUGAGGCGGAGUUGGAAAACAUGACUGAACUCAUUGUGGGAGGCAAUACGACGUUGACAGAUCUGGAAUCCGCUUGCAAAAGUCUCGCUGGCAGACUGGGACAACGGGGACAGGUUCUAGAAGCGUGCCGGAAACAACUGCGAUACUUUGCUGGUCGCCAAAUCCGCAAUGCUGCCUCCUUGGCUGGAAACAUCGCUACGGCAUCCCCCAUCUCGGACAUGAACCCUGUUUUAAUGGCGUCUGGUGCAACGGUUGUAGCAACGAGCAAGAGCCGGGGAGAAAUUAUUCUGCCCAUGGAUUCAUUUUUCGUUUCUUACCGAAAGACCAGCUUGCCACCAGAUGCUGUUAUCGCCAAGAUAAAAAUCCCAAUUCCUCCUGUGGGCGUUUCGGAGAUCACAAAAGCCUACAAGCAAGCAAAGCGUAAGGAUGAUGACAUUGCCAUUGUGACAGCGGCGUUCAAGGUGCGGUUGGACGAUGAUGGCAAAGUUGAGGACAUCUCCAUGGCAUAUGGCGGCAUGGCGCCGAUGACGGUUCUCGCACGAAAGACACAAAAAGCUCUCGCUGGCCAAAAGUGGCACACUCCUGCCACUCUUCAGAUCGGACUGAAAACAUUGCGAGACGAGUUCAAUCUGAAUUAUGGGGUCCCUGGUGGCAUGGCGACCUAUCGAGUGACACUCGCUCUAUCAUUCUUCUUCCGAUUCUGGCAUGAAGUGCUAUCAGAUCUCAAACUGGGCCACGUCGACAAAGACCUGAUUGAUGAGAUCCACCGAGGAAUUUCGUCUGGCACGCGGGACGACUACAACCCACAUGAGCAGCGUGUCGUUGGGAAACAAAUUCCACAUCUAUCAGCGUUGAAGCAGAACACUGGAGAAGCCGAAUAUAUCGAUGACAUUCCGUACCAGAGCCAGCAAUUGUACGGAGCGUUCGUGUUUUCUCAGCGUGCCCACGCUAAGCUGCUGGAAGUAGAUUGGUCAGGAGCUAUCGGGCCAGGUCUUGCGGUAGGCUACGUUGACAAGAAUGACUUGACUCCUACGCAGAACUGCUGGGGCUCCAUCAAGAAGGAUGAGCCCUUCUUCGCCGAUGGCGAGGUUCAUUCGCAUGGGCAGGUCAUUGGUUUGGUUUACGCCGAGACAGCAAUCCAAGCUCAGAAAGCUGCAAAACUGGUCAGGGUGGUCUACGAAGACUUGCCAACGAUCCUAACCAUUGACGAGGCGAUCGAGGCUAACAGCUUCUUCCCACAUGGUAGACAGCUACGAAUAGGGGCUGCCAUCAAUGACACCAUGGAGGAUGUCUUUGCCGAGUGUGACCGUGUCUUUGAAGGAACUGUCAGGAUGGGAGGACAAGAACAUUUUUAUCUCGAAACAAAUGCUGCUAUGGCCGUUCCCCAAACGGAGGAUGGAUCCAUGGAAGUCUGGUCGUCAACACAAAACACGAUGGAAACCCAAGAAUUCGUGAGUCUCGUGACUGGAGUCCCUAGCAAUCGCAUCAACGCCAGAGUUAAGCGUAUGGGCGGCGGGUUUGGAGGAAAAGAAUCUCGAAGCGUCCCCAUUGCUUGUGCGCUUGCCAUCGCUGCAAAGAAGGUGAACCGGCCAGUGCGAUGCAUGCUCAACAGAGAUGAGGAUAUGAUGACCAGCGGACAACGACACCCGUUCCAAGCGCGAUAUCGGGUCGGUGUCAUGAACGAUGGUACAUUGAAAGCAUUGGACGCCGACAUCUACAACAAUGCCGGGUUCUCAUAUGAUAUGAGCACUGCCGUUAUGGACCGCUGCUGUACGCACGUCGACAAUGUGUACUCAUUCGAACACGCACAUAUUAAAGGAUUCGUUUGCAAGACCAACACUCACUCUAACACAGCCUACCGAGGAUUUGGUGGCCCACAGGCCAUGUUCAUCGCCGAAACAUACAUGACACAAGUCGCUGAAGGUCUCAACAUGUCCGUUGACGAGCUGAGACUCAAGAAUCUUUACAAGCCGAACGAGUUGACCCCGUUCAUGCAGAAGAUUGACGAGGAUUGGCAUAUUCCACAGCUAUUCUCAGAGCUUCGAAAGGAGUGCGACUACGAGAAACGACGAGCCGACGUGGACGAAUUUAACCGGAAAAACAAGUGGAAGAAACGUGGCAUCAGUAUGUGUCCAUCCAAAUUUGGCAUCAGCUUUGCGACGGCCAUCCACCUGAAUCAGGCGAGUGCCGCUGUCAAGAUCUUCGCCGAUGGCAGUGUCCUUCUGCAUCACGGCGGCACCGAGAUGGGCCAGGGUCUAUAUACCAAAAUGUGCCAGGUGGCGGCGCAGGAGCUCAACGUCCCCAUUGAUGCUAUAUACACCUCCGACACGUCAUCCUACUACACGGCAAAUGUCUCGCCGACUGCCGCCAGCAGCGGUAGCGACCUAAACGGCAUGGCGGUCAAAGAUGCCUGUGACCAGCUCAACGAGCGGCUGAAGCCCUACUGGGAUAAAUUUGGUGCUGAUGCGGACAUGAAAACGAUCGCCCACGCUGCCUACUUGGAUCGCGUCAAUCUAUCAGCCUCGGGCUUCUGGAAGAUGCCUAAGAUUGGCUACAUCUGGGGCAAUUAUGACCCAGACACGGUCAAGCCGAUGUAUUACUAUUUCACGCAGGGCGUUGCAUGCAGUGAAGUGGAACUCGAUCUUCUCACAGGAGAUCACACUGUGUUGAGGACAGAUAUAAAGAUGGAUGUGGGACGGUCGAUCAACCCUGCCAUUGACUACGGCCAGAUUGAGGGAGCCUUUGUGCAAGGACAGGGGCUGUUCACCAUGGAAGAAUCGCUAUGGACCCAAAAGGGCGAGCUCUUCACCCGAGGACCUGGCACAUACAAGAUCCCCGGUUUCUCCGACAUUCCUCAGAGUUUCAAUGUCAGCUUCCUCCAGGGAGUUUCGUGGAGUCACUUGAGAUCGAUCCAGAGCAGCAAGGGCAUCGGUGAGCCACCGUUGUUCUUUGGGGCCACCGUCUUGUUUGCCCUUAGGGACGCUCUUGUCAGCGCACGCAAGGAUAACGGAGUCACCGAACAUUUGAUUUUGGAUAGUCCUGCUACUGCCGAGCGACUCAGGCUUGCCGUUGGAGACGAUAUCUUGAAGAUGGGAACUGUCCAUCCCAAGGAGGGCGAGAAGAACUUUUUCGUCGCGGUGGCUUAGAGUAUGGUUUAUGAACCUAUACCUACCAGGUAAAAACAUUAAAACCGU